CGGCUGGAGGGAGCUGGCAGGAAGCAGCUCGCAGGGCUGAGUCUGGGCAGCAAAAACCCAGCCAAGGCUCCUGCGUUCCUGGCCAGAGGGACGGACAGACCCUGCCGGGGAAGCUGCCUCUGCUCUGCAGCCCCGCGAGGAGCCCUGCCCGGGCACAGGGUCUCCCCAGCCCUGAGCGUCUCCUUGGUGCUGAGAACGUCACAUCCCCAGAGGGCCAAUCUCCUGACUAGGACAAAGCAUCUCAGCUUGUCGCUCGGCUCCACCGCAGCCGCGACUUCUGCUGGAGCUUGACGGGGCCCGCUAUCGCAAGGGGCCAGACUUAGCCACAGCCGCCCGGCAGCGUUUGGCCACCAACGUCAACCUCAGGAUUAAACCAAAAGACAGAGGGGGAAGGAACCAUGUUCCAGGCCAAGGGACCAGCCACUGCGACCUCCACUCACGAGGCAAAGAGCAACUCUGGAGGCAGCACGGUGCAGCGUUCCAAGUCGUUCAGCCUGAAAGCCCAGGUGAAGGAGAUGUGCGCAGCCUGCCAAAAACCCGUCUACCCCAUGGAGCGGCUGGUGGCCGAUAAAUUUGUCUUCCAUAAUGCCUGCUUCUGCUGCAAGCACUGCCAUGCCAAGCUCAGCCUGGGCAGCUAUGCGGCGCUGCACGGCGAGUUCUACUGCAAGCCCCACUUCCAGCAGCUGUUCAAGAGCAAAGGCAACUACGACGAGGGAUUCGGGCGCAAGCAGCACAAGGAGCUGUGGGUGCACAAGGAGGUGGAGAGCGGGACCAAGACGGCGUGAUGGGGCCCGUUCCCGCCCCCCCACCCCCGUGCUGACCCCAGAAGGGGCAACGUGGAGCGUACAGCUGAACCGAGGGCUGACUGAGCUGCUGUAAAGCAAAGGUGACCCGCAGGGGGCAGGCAGAUGCCACCUGGCUCCAAACAGCCACAUGGCCAGAGCAUAGGGGGGUGUCCUUUGGCAGGUGGGUGCUGGGAAACACAAGGCUCAGUGGGGACGGUUGGAUGGGGCCGACCUGACUGGAGGAUAAGCCUUGAGAGCAGGUGCUCGGUGGGAGAGGGUCAGGACUGGCCUGCUUGUAUCUGCUAAUAUCUAUAUGGCCCCCAACCUUGCAGAAAUUGGGGAAGAGCCACUGGGUGCCCGCCAGAUGAACAUGCAAAGUGCACUUCCGUUAACCCUGUCCCCAUUCAUGAGGCCCAGGAGAAGGAAGCAGCUGGGAGCCUACAGAGCCAGUGCCUGGUGUCAACUGCCCCCCUCCCACUCCCGACCUGCCUGCCGGUGCUCGCGUGAGAAGCAGGGGGGAGGGCGGGGUCGCUCUUUGGUUUGCAGCAGCUCACGCCAGCUGAGGUUGUUCAGCCUUCCCGAGGUUGCCCCGUGACCGUUUAACAUUGUCUGUCUGGUUUUUCUAUUUGCCUUUGAUUGGUAUGUUCUGCACUGGGCCGUGGCCACGUGCUUUUUUUGAUUAUUUUUGUAAUACAGGGUUUCCGAGCCUUG